CGGCACUUUAGCUCAUCAUUCCAGUUUCGACACGUCGAUGUUUGCCGUCGUUCGUUUCGGAUGUCCUGUCGUCAACGUUCUCGUUAGUCCGUAACGUUCUGUUAUCGUCGUCGUGUACCCUGUGCUGCCCAAGACAACGUCUCGUUCCAGUGCCCGCAGGAAUAAGCAUCGUUUGCAACGUUGGAGCAAGGACAAGGUUGCCGGCUGGUCUUCGCCGACUCUUCGCCAUCGAGUCAUUCACGUUUACGAUUGUACUGAAGGUAUCGGGAAAAAAUGAAGUCGCGAACAGUCACUACUAUGAUCAUGAUGAUGGUCGUCCUACUCGUCGUGCCACUUCUAAACGGGCAUAUGCCUAGUCCUACCCCACAUGUCCCUACUACACCUCCCCCAGACACUUCAUCCAUGGCGCCCACAUCGCAGCCCCAGCUACCAACGACACCCACACCGCAGCCCCAGCUACCAACGACACCCACACCGCAGCCCCAGCUACCAACGACACCAGCCACAAUGAAUGCAACAGGAACUCCAGCACGAACACAAACCACAGGACCAGCGGAAGUGGUGUGCACUUCAGGCACAACCAGCACGAAAGAGGAUUCAACUUCAACGGCUACUUUGGUAGUCUCUGCUGUCCUUCUAGUCGGCUGGCCCUCCAUUGUCUACUUGUCGGGAAUUUUACAUUGAUUCGGUAUAUAUGCUGCUUUUGUAGGGGAGGCGGAGUCCGCAGAUCUUCAAUUUAAUUGUCUGAUGAGGAAGUGCUUUGGUGGCUGUCAAACAUGCUUGUUAUCGCAUUUCAUCUUGACCAGCUGGUUGCCAUGCCAAUGCCCUGUAAGGUUGUGUUUCAAGCCGGAGACUAUUGAACACUCACCAUCUUAACUGCAGCUACCAGCUGCCCUGCAUACAGUGAAGCUACUUGGAUGACCACAUCUUCAUGCAAUGCUGCUGCUGUUGCUGGGAAAGUAACCGCGGGUAGAUUCCGACAUAUUGUUCAUUCAACCUAUCCAGUACAUUACAAACUCACUCCAGUUGCACAUACUCUUUUUCAACAGUACAUGUACUCUGUAGCAAUUCUGUCACCGCCUCGCAUCUUUGUUCCAUGCAAUCAGUUUAUGCACUCAUUGUAGUCAAUGUAGUCAAUGUACGCUAACUUGAUGAACUGCCUGAUUUCGAAGCAUUGUGCCUUUGAUUGUCGUUUUUGUUCGUUUUGUCCUGGUUAUCUAUUCAGCUCAGUUCUCAAUUCUGCAUAAACUGUUUCUAUACAGUCAUCCUGUACUGUGAUAUAUAUUUUCAUAGUUGUACAUGGAGCUGGCAGCUAGCACCCAUCAUUGUGCUGGUGUACUCCACUGGCUCAUUUUUCUUUGUGACUUGCAUUGAAUACCAGUGCAUGAAUAGCAGUUCAGGUGUACUCUAGCGAUCACAAACAACUUCACAAGUAGCACAUUGCUUUGUAUAUUAUGAUCAGUAUGUCUGAUAUCACUUGCUCAAGCAAAUGAUACCAUAGUGAGAUUAGUCAAAUCAUCCAAAAUA